AUGGAUCGAAGUUGGAUAAAUUUAAAAGAUCGAGCUUCUAGUGAAUAUUUUGAUGGUGUUGCUAACUUUAUCGAAAUUGCAACUAAUCAUUUAGACGAAGAGGAAAGAACAAGAUGUCCUUGUUCAAAUUGUUUGAAUGUCAAUUGGAAUAGAUUAGACGUCAUAGAACGUCAUUUGUAUAAAUAUGGUAUGUCCCCGACUUAUAAGCGAUGGAUAUUUCACAGAGAUGUUGUUGAUCUUUCUCCAUUUUUAAGGUCUAAUUUGAGGUUUCUAGGUGCAACGUUUUCGAAUGUAAGUGAAUGUAGAGAAGAGAAUGUAAAUAUUAGAGAAAACAUUGGAGUUAGAGAUACUAUGGAUGAUGAGAUGGUAGAGAUGAUUCAUAAUCUACAUGGGCCAAUGUUUGAAGAAUGUAGAAGAGAAUCAAACGAGCAAGUUGAGUCCGAUAAAAUAAGUGGAAUGUUUCCUGAAAUAGAAGAUGAGUUAUAUUUGGGAUGUCUAAAGUUCACUUCAUUUAAUUUUUUAGUGAAACUUAUGCACAUUAAGGUAUUUAAUCGUUGGAGUGACAAAUCCUUUAAUAUGUUGCUUGAACUAUUAAAUGAAGCCUUUCUGAAUGGUGUGAAGCUACCUGCCUCCUACUAUGAAGCUAAGAAGAGACUACGUGACCUAGGGAUGGGAUAUGAAUCAAUUCAUGUGUGCAAAUUUGAUUGUGCUUUAUUUUGGAAAGAUUAUGCAUCACUUGACAAAUGUCCGCAUUGUGGAGAGUCUAGAUAUAGGUUGAAUGAUAAAAAGAGGAAACAAAUUCCACAUAAGGUGCUAAGAUAUUUUCCACUAAAGGCAAGGUUGCAAAGAUUAUUUCUUUCAAAACAUACCGCAGAGGAUAUGAGGUGGCACAAAGAUAAGAGGUGUGAAACUAAAGGUAUACUUCAACAUCCUGAUGAUGUUGAGGGUUGGAAACAUUUUGAUGAACAAUAUCCUUGUUUUGCUUCAUAUGCUCGAAAUGUCAGAUUAGCACUUUCUUCUGAUGGGUUUAAUCCAUUUGGAAACGUGAGCACAUCAUACAGCAUGUGGCCAGUAAUACUCAUUCCAUACAACUUGCCUCCUUGGAAGUGUAUGAAAGCACCAUUCACUUUUCUAUCUUUACUCAUCCCUGGUCCAAGGUCUCUUGGCAAAGAAAUUGAUAUUUACUUACAACCAUUGAUAGAUGAGUUAAAUGAGUUGUGGGUGAAUGGUAUUCAAACAUACGAUAGUUUCAGUGCUUCUUUCUUCCAACUCCGAGCUGUACUGUUGUGGACAAUAAAUGAUUUUUCAGCUUAUGGUGAUUUAUCUGGUUGGAGGACAAAAGGUACGAUAUUGAACAUUGAUGGAAAGACUAAAGACACCAUUAAAGCUUGUGAGGAUCUAGCUAACUUGAAAAUAAGAAAGGAGCUUCACAUACAAGAGAUUGGAAAUAAGUGUGUAAAGUCUCAUGCUUCCUACACGUUAACUGCUGCUGAAAAAGUUAACUUUUGUAUGUUUUUGAAGGCUGUGAAGUUUCCAUAUGGUUUUGCAUCCAACAUAUCUCGUUGUGUUAAUUUGAAGGCAAAAUAUAUGGUUUAA